UGUAUGUGCGAGUCAAGAAGUGUAGAAGACGUCGGUGAUACGUCCAUUCUUUGAUUAUUUUAGGAAUAUUAUAUUCUGGCAGUGUUUGUUCUUUAAAUCAAGUGAAGCAGUUUUAAAAUGAAUAGUGGUCCUUCUGAUAGUGAAGACGAUUUGAAAACAGAUCAGCAAGGAGAAAUAAGGAGACAGUGCCGAAAGAGGGAAAUUGCAGGUACAGCUAGUGUGAGUGGCACAAGUCAACAAAGCCCCUUAUUAAUAACGGACAGAGAUGAGUCCAUAGUUGAUUUAGAAGCUCAGAAAACGAGGGAAAUUAUAGAGUAGAAUAAGACUGAAAAAAGACAAACACUCGAAAAAGAAAAAGGAGUCCAUCGACUUGGCAAAUUGAUAUAAGAAAAAAGGCCCAUGAUUCAGGGAAGGAAUACUUAUCUGUAAGAAAAAAACAUGUUCCAGCAAAGGCUAUUAUAGACAAAAAGAACUGCCUAAAUAAUUGUCUAUAUAGUUGCCAAAAAUUAAUUACAGCUGAUGAACGGAACAAAAUAUUUGAAAAUUAUUACAAACUUGAUGUUCAAACAAAAAAACUCUGCUUGAUCUCAACAACUCAAAAGUUUUCUGUGCAGAGACGUAGAAAAAGAAAGGAAAAUGAUAAUAGUCGCCGAAAAUUUACUUUUCAUUAUUUCUUUAAUGCAGGUUCUAACAGAAUUCAAGUCUUUAAAUUAUUUUAUUUGGGAACACUUAAUAUAAGCCAGACCCCAAUAUACAAUGCUCAUUCAAACAAAGAAACAGAAUCAAACACUCUGAAAAAAGUACUCAAGGAAAGCAUGCAAAACACAAAAUUCAAGAAGCAGAUAAAAUAUUUGUUAAAAUGCAUAUAGAGAGCUUCCCAAAAGUAGAAUUCCACUACUGCCGCAGUACCAGUACUAGAGAAUAUUUAGAGUCAUCCUUAAGUGUCAAGAAAAUGUAUGAUAUGUAUGUUGAAAGAUGUGAAGCUGAGAACAGACAACCAGUAAAGGAAUCUUUCUACAGACAUAUUUUUUUGCAAUGAUUACAAUCUCCAUUUCCAUAUUCCAAAAAGGACCGGUGUGACUUGUGUGAGGAAAAUUAAACUAUUGAAAAGAGAAGAUAGAUUGACAAAUGAGAAAAAUGUACAGUUUAUAAAUCAUUCUACAGAAAAGGCAGUUUGCCGCGAGGAAAAGCAAAAAGAUAAAGGAAAAUUGAAUACAGAAAUACUCUGUUUUGAUUUACAAAAUGUUUUAUCAUGUCCUCGCCAGAGAUUAGAAAUUUCUACUACAGAAGCAAGUUUAAUGUAUAUAAUCUGACUAAAUACUGUUAACUACUAAACAGGUAUAUUGUGCCCUUUGGCAUGAAAUGUUGAUGGGACGAAGUGGUAAUGAUAUUGCUAGCGCAGUUAUAACUAUUUUGGACCGAGUAGUCAUUGACAAUCCAGAUAUAAGCAGUCUGAUUUUGUGGAGUGACAGUUGUAUUCCACAAAAUAGAAACUCAUUGAUGUCUUACGCAAUAGCAUAUUUUGAUGACACAUUCUCCCAGGUAUAGAAAAAAAAUUGUUUGUUUUGUUAACUAGUAGCUAUGUUUAUUUCAAAUUAUGUCUACGUAUGUAUCAACAAAAAGCGUUAUCUAUAUAGUAUUAAUACUACACAUUCUAUUUUGCCACGGCACAGUGCCUUCGUUAUUAAAAUAAUUUGAAAAUUCUUCUCUUGUCGCUUUGGAAUCAUUGGAAAUGUUUCUGUAGUGGCCUCUCCAAUAGAUUUGUAUCUGCUCUUAAACCUAACGUUAAAGUGCCCUCAAUCGUAUCUUCGAUAUCCAAUGAAGUAGGGGGGUAUAAUUGGUAGAGUAUUUAUUUCUUAAAAAAUUAUGGAGCACGCAACAAGUCAUAACUACAAUAUCUAUAUUUUCAGGAGCCAAAUUUAUACUAGUAUGAAAAAUUCUGAACCUAGAAGCUAAUAUGCCGAAGGCAUUUUCUACAAUGCCAAGGGAUAAUUGAAAAUUCUGCGUUCAUUUGUUAAAUCUUUUUGACUGAAUGGCUUCAAGAAGUUAGGGGUUAAAGCAAAGGCUUCAUCGCCUAUAAAUACGUAAUUAAGAACUUUAUCAGAAUUUUUCAAUUUUUCUGGUUCCGGAAUAUGCAAUGACUGGUUAUUCAAUUUGUCAUAAAAUUUCGUCUGCUCAAUUACACCACCAUCGGAAAUUCUUCCAUUCAUGCCAAAUUCGCAUAUAAUAAAUUCAUAAUUAGCGUUUACUGCCACCAUCAAGACCAUGCUAUGGAAACCUUUAUAAUUAUAAAAAUAGGAACCACUUUCUGGCGGCGGGUUUAUUCGUAUAUGCUUUCCAUCUACUGCUCCCAAACAAUGAGGGAAAUUCCAUUUUGCUCAAAGUCUUGUGCUAUUUGUUUCCAUUCUUCCUGCGAGUUUGGUACCUGUAACAUAUUUUUACCAAAAAUCAAUAUUAUAUUAUUGAUAAUUUUUUUUAUCACAGAGUAUUCCGACAGAACAGUGUCAAGCAGAUGAUGAUGAGGCACAGUCACCAAGGGCACAGUCAUCGAGUUUAAAUCAAGAUGGAAACGACAUGUUGCUUCCUCCAUCACAGAAAACUUCAAUCAACCCAUGCAAACGCAAGAAAUCUUCGUCAUCAGCAAAUUCCUUAUCUAUCGACCAAACAUGUGAAAAUAUAAACAAAAAACUGUUAACAUUUAAACCUGACGACACUUAUGAAGUAUAUGGAAAAAACAUUGCAUCAAAAUUGAGAAUCCUACCCAAAGAUCAGCGUAUUUGGGCGGAAAAAAUAAUAAACGACACAUUGUUCGAAGCAGAACUUGGCAACCUGUAUAGGCAAACAGUAACCAGAAUCAAUGAUAUUUACAAUAACGGCUCUCUACACUCGCAACCUCACAAUGAUCCUUACUCACAAACACAGACUUCUCCAUACUCGUACCCUCACAGUUCUCCUUAUUCACAAACACUGACUUCUCCAUACGCGCAACCUCACACAUCUCCUCACUCACAACAACUACAGACUACUCCAUACUCGCAUUCAGAAAACAAUUUUCAAACUCAACAUUCACAACAAGAAAUAAGCCAAUCACGACCUCAAUCCACGGAACCACGGAACCUUUCUCCAAAUCAACAUUCACAACAACAAGGAAGACGGACACAUCUGCAAGAGCAAGACCAAAUUGUACAAUUAAAAAUACUUGAUGAUCGAUUCCCACAAUCUGAGACAGUAUCUCAGAACAUUCCAAAUCGACAAUCACAACAAUAAAAAGAUAGAAAUGUAUCUACUUUUUGGGAAAAUUUUCAACCUUGAUUUUUUGUCAUUGUCACACAUUGUCUUUGAAUUUCAUGUUCUGAACUUUACUUCAAAAAGUGUACUCUAAAUAAACAUCAUUUAACUCACCUCCAUGUAUUUUUUUGUAAAACCUUGUAAAUGGCUCGGCAGGUAUCAGGAAUAAUUUUAGAUAAAGCUUGUUCAGAAAUUGCUGUAGAAAAUCUUAAAUCUUGGUAUGAUCUUCCAGUAGCCAGGAACCUCAAAGUAGCGGUCAGCCUUUCGUGAGGUGAUAAACUCUCACGCAUAACCGUAUUUUGACGUCGAAUGAGAGGCGUAACCAAGCGUAAUAGUUCACCAUAGGCAUUUUCAUCCAUCCGUAAAUAAUUUCGCCAGUCGUUUGAGUCUUCUUUUAAAUCCUUCAGUAGAUUUAUAUGCGAAUGAAUUUUUCUAUUCAACAGCCAUCUUUUCGUCCACUUCGAUCGUUUACGUUUAGACUUUAACAGUGUCUUCUUCUUCAUUAACAAAACCAAAUACACCAACAGAAGCAAUACUUCUUCAUUGGGAGACAUUGUUCCCACGACGACGAUUUUGACAAUAAUGUGGCUUGCGCGUACUUAACUGUGCCGUGUGGUAGCCACGUCCGUGUUCAAGCUUCACCACAGUCUUACCUGCGCAGGUGGAACUGUGGUGAAGCUUGCGCGUGUGGUAGGCCCUUAAUGGCCGGGAUAGACGUUCCGUCAUGCACAUGAACUUGCUUGCGCAAACAUAAAUUGUACGGCAAGACUGAAUUCCUCAUUUGACCACUAACUAUUCAGUCUUGUUCGUUUUGUUGAUCAAUUUAAACGUCCAGUUAAUCAACAUGGCUGGCGAUCUAUUAUUGUGUGCGGCUGCUAUUGCUAUUAUAGCAAAAAAGAAAAAAGUGAAUAAGAGAACACGUUCCAAGUGGUCGAAAGAAUGGCUACUUAAGUGACAGGAAUUAUCCCACCUAAAUUUACUAAAUGAGCUUCUAUUAGAACCUGAGGAUUGGUUCAAUUAUGUACGUACGGACGAAGAAACUUAUAUAGAAUUGCUCCAGAUAGUAACGCCUCAAAUUAAAAGGAUGGAUACAGUUAUGAGAAAAGCAAUAUCACCACAUGAGAGGCUCAGUGCAACUCUACGCUUUUUAGCAACAGGAAGAAGCUAUGCUCACUUGAAAUUUUCAUGUGCAAUAUCUCGUCAAGCACUUGGUGAAAUUAUACCGGAUACAUGCAGAGCUAUUUACGAAGGAUUAACAAAUCAAUAUUUGAAGGUAAAGUAUUUUAUUAAAAACAGUAUAACGUAUACCUAAUUAUAUUUAAUUUAAUUAUUAUCUUCAACGUUGUAUCUUGAAUAAUAUUCUCCAAGGGAUUGUGAGAGGUUAUUGGUUGCUUCCCCUAGCGAUCUUGCAAUUUCAGUUCCAAUGGGCGAUCUAAACCUUCCAUGAUCAUACUGAAAAGUGUCUACUCCACGAAUUAUUGGAUUUAAUCCCCCCAAGCGUUGUAAGGGUUUCGUAGGUCCUUCUGGUGUCGAUCUUAAAAGUUCAGUAUUACUGGGCCGACUAACCUCGUGAUCAUACUGAAAAGUGUUUAUAUCAGGAGUUGUUGGUGUUCUGUCUGUUUCGAUCUGGGUUACGAUGUUUGAUGUCUGGUUUAAUUUUCCCAUUUGUACUUGCUUCAUUAAUCGCCUUUUUGCAAUAUAUGGCCAUCUCAGAAGGCAGUUCCUGAAGUUCUUCGCCUACAUGUUGGCCGGAAGCUGCAUAUUUUCCUUGAUUUUGAAGUUUACUUGCUACAGUAUUUAAAACUUCAUCGCUGCGAUCCAAAUUCUUUUGACUUUUUCUCUUGACACUAAUUCUGGAAUUUGAUGUUGAUGUGGAUGGGGUGACCGAUAGAGGACGUAGUGAUGUUUCGGAUGAAGAAUGGUCGUUUAAAUUGUCUUCAUGUUCGGUGAAUUGGCUGUCGUCCUAAAAAAUAAAUAAAUCAGAUUAUCAACUUAUUUCAUACUUUAAAUUUACAUCAAAUUCUUCAUGUUUGUUAAUGCAACUAUACUUUAUUUAAGGCUUUUAAUGGACUUUUAUACUUUUUGAUACUUUAAAUAAUAGCUAUUUAGGCCUGUGUUGAAGUAUAUUUGCUUAUUAUGUUUAAAAAAAAUUAUUUACAAAACGUAUGUAUUUUAAUUCAUCAUUCUUGUUUCUUCCAGUUUCCACGCAGCGAAGAAGAAUGGAGAAGAAUUGGUAGGGAAUUUGGAGGAAAAUGGCAGUUUCCCAAUUGUUUAGGUAGCAUUGACGGUAAACACAUACGAAUAUCGCCACCGCAAGAUGCUGGUUCUUUUUACUAUUAAUUAUAAGGGAUACAAUUGCCUAAUUUUAAUGGCCAUUGCUAAUGCGAAUUACCAAAUAAUUCAUUGUCAUAUGGGCACAAAUGGUCGCGUUUCGGAUGGAGGUGUAAUUGAAAACACUAAAUUUUAUGAAAAAUUUGUUAAAGAAGAAUUGCGAUUACCUACUCCUUCCGCUGCAAAAAAUAGUUCCACUCAGCUUCCUUGGGUUUUUAUCGGAGAUGAAGCAUUUUCACUGCAUAAAAAUUUACUGAAACCAUUUGGCUCGCGAGAUUUGACAAGAGAAAGAAAAAUUUUCAACUAUCGUCUGUUUAGGGCACGCAGCAUCAUCGAGAAUGUUUUUGGUAUAAUGGCUGCCCGAUUUAGAAUCCUUCAUACAGAAAUUAAUUUAAAAUUGGACAGUAUAGAUUUAGUGGUGUUGACGUGCGUUGUUUUACAUAACUAUUUGCGAAAAAACGGACUACAACGUGGACACAAUCGAAAUACUGCACAAGAAGCUAAUGAAGUAUAUGUGGGAUAUUUUAAUGGCGAGGGUCAAGUAAACUGGCAAAAUAAUAUGAUGCAUUAGAUCUCGUAUAAUAAAAUAACACUAAUAAAG